AUGAGUACUUCUACCGCCGUCACCUCAGAUGACGGGGUGCAAUGCUGGGUCGCCGCCGGCGACGUCGAGACCCGUCGGCAGAGCUUCACCCCCCGCCGCGCCACUCCGCGAUACUUUCACCUGCCGUUCGCCGACGAGGUGCCCAAGAAGAGCGUGCCGGACCUGGUCGCGGACAUCCACGAGGGGUUGGAAGAGGUAUUCGACCGGCCGGACAGCCGCGCCCCGUUCAUACCGGGCUACGCCAACAGGGACGACGCCAUCGUGCGCGCAGCCCUGCUGCGCAGCCUCGGACGCGAAGGCACCGACGUGAUACUUGUGCGCCUGACGCGCUGCGAGCCCAGGAUCAGGUACAGGCGCCUGAGCAAGUACGCGGCAGACGUCAAGUACGAGGGCGGGGAGGAGGACGUGGACGCGGAGGCGGUGCUGAUCCUCUGCGAGCCGUUUACGACAGCCAAUGUCGUGCAGCGCCUUCAAGUUCUGGAAUGA